AUGGCUGCCAUGAGGGAUGAGUUCACUAAACUAGAGGGGGAGGUGGUCCUGUUCAGGGAGAGUGUAAGCAAACAGCAACCAGACAUCCACACGUUAGAGGAGCUCCUAACCAAAGGACGGACAGAGCAGGACAACAGCCUUACAACACAUCUGAAAGAGGUUCAGCAAGAGAGAGACGAACUCAAGAGAGAGCUGGCUGAUCUAACAAAGGAGGUGAGAGAGCUCCAAAAAGACAAGCACAACAGUAAUAACGAGCUGACCACACUAAGAGAGGAGCUGCAGGAGAGAAAGAGUACAGAGGACAGGCUGCAGGAGCAGCUAGAUCACCACUCCAGGAUCGUGGUGUCAACCCUUCUACAGAGGACCGUCUUCCACCCUGCCACAAUCCAAAGAAUAAACGCCAGCCUCUCCCGGGACUGUGCCCUGCGACCCAAUGUACACCUGGCCCACCAUCCCACCCUCGAUCCGGACUGUUUAUAUGACCAUGUUCACCUGUACAGGGAGACAGUCCCCAUCCUUGCCAAGACUCUAAAGGACGUCACUUUAAACCGCAGCCCGACCUCUCCACCAUUUUGAAGGUAAAGAAAAAACAGUUAUGAAAUCUUUUUACGUUGCAUGUUGGAUUUUACAAGGAUUGAAGUCCUCUGCUUUUUGGGCUAAAGAGCAGAAACCCAGACUUCCUGAAAGAAAUUGAUGAUGUUGAUAUUGUAGUACUACAGGAAACAUGGUGCAGAGGUGAUGUUUCCACUGGCUGUCCACUAGGUUAUAGUAAGAUAAUCGUACAUUUACAUUUACAUUUUAGUCAUUUAGCAGACGCUCUUAUCCAGAGCGACUUACAGGAGCAAUUAGGGUUAAGUGCCUUGCUCAAGGGCACAUUAACGUCAUUUAGCAGACACUCUUAGCCAGAGCGACUCACAAAUUGGUGCGUUCACCCUAUAGCCAGUGGGAUAACCACUUUACAAUUGGGGGGGGGGGGGUAGAAGGAUUCCUUUAUCCUAUCCCAGGUAUUCCUUAAAGAGGUGGGGUUUCAAAUGUCUCCGGAAGGUGGUGAGUGACUCCGCUGUCCUGGCGUCGUACCAUCCACCAAAUUAAAAGGAAUCACACAGGGCAGAGACUCAUGGGGAAUGCUAAUAUGGUAUAAAUCUAAACUAACUAAUUCAAUCGAAUUGAUCAAAACAGGAGAAUUCUUUAUCUGGUUAAAAAUCAACAAGGAAGCUAUCUUAACAGAUAAAAACGUCUUCCUCUGUGCCAUAUACAUUCCCCCCUCUGUCACCCUACUUCAAUGAAGAGAGUUUCUCCAUUCUAGAGGGGGAGAUUAGUCACUUUCAGGCCCAAGGCAACGUACUGGUAUGUGGAGACCUGAAUGCUAGAACAGCAGAAGAACUAGACACUAUCAACAGUCAUGGGGACAAACACCUACCGGGAAGCAACAACCUUUCCCUCCCCACAUACCCCCCCAGAAACAACUAUGACAAAGUGAAAAACAAAAAUGGAGCACAGCUCCUGAAGCUCUGUUGAACACUGGGUGUGUACAUAGUCAAUGUAGGCUAAGAGGGGACUCUUUUGGUAAGUACACCUAUAGCUCAUACCUUGGCAGCAGUACUGUAGACUACUUUAUCACUGACCUCUACCCAGAGUCUCUCAGAGCCUUCACAGUCAGCCCACUAACACCUCUCUCAGACCACAGUAAAAUCACAUCCCAAUAAAUUACAUGGUACUAAACAGGCCUAUAGAUGGAGUGCAAACAGUACAGAAAUCUACCAAAAAGCAAUUAGUAGCCAAAAAAUACAAUCUCUCCUGGACAACUUUUUAGCCUCUUACAGCAAUGAAGGUGUAAAUUUGGCCGUUUGGAACAUAAACUUUAUAUUUGACAAAUUAGCCUCCUUGGCUAAUCUAAAGAAACAUAAGAGCAAACCAAAAAGAAUAGAUAAUGAAAAAUGGUUUGAUAAUGAUUGAUAAAAUCUAAGAAAGUCAUUGAGAAAUAUAUCUAAUCAAAAACACAGAGAACCAGACAACAAAAAUAUACGCCUUCAAUAUGGGGAAACACUGAAGCAAUACAAACGCACCCUAAGAACAAAAAAGGAACCGCACAUUAGAAAUCAGCUGGAUGGAAUUGAGGUAUACAUAGAAUCAAACCACUUCUGGGAGAAUUUGAAUAAAUUAAACAAACCUCAUCAUGAGGAAUUGGCUAUCCAAAAUGGGGAUAUGUGGAGAAAUUACUUUGCAAACCUCUACAGCAAAUAUAACAAAUAGCCCAGAACAAAAAGAUAUACAAGAAAAAUUACAAAUCCUUGAAUCAGCAGUCAAAGACUAUCAGAAUCCUGUGGAUACCCCAAUUACAGAAUAAUAAUUAUUGGAAAAACUAUGCACUCCAACCCAAAAAGGCCUGUGGUGCUGAUGGUAUUUUAAAUUAAAUGAUCAAAUAUACAGACCACAAAUUCAAAUUGGCUAUACUCAAACUCAACAUUAUCCUCACUGCAGGUAUUUUCCCCAGUAUUUGGAACCAAGGAUUGAUCACACCAAUCUAUAGAAACGGAGACAGAUUUGACCCAAAUCAUUACAGAGGAAUUUGCGUUUUCCCCAGUAUUUGGAACCAAGGAUUGAUCACACCAAUCUAUAGAAACGGAGACAGAUUUGACCCAAAUCAUUACAGAGGAAUUUGCGUUAACAGCAACUUGGGGAAAAUUCUCUGCAGUAUCAUAAAUAGCAGAAUACGUAAUAUCCUUGAUGAACACAACGUCCUGAGCAGAAGCCAGAAUGGAUUUUUUUUUUAAAUUAUUGUACAACAGACCACAUUUACACCCUCCACACUCUGACAAACAAGUAAACCAAAACAAAGGCAAAAUCUACUUGUGUUUUGUAGACUUCAAGAAAGCAUUUGAUUCAAUUUGGCACAAAGUUCUUUUUUAUAAACUAAUAGAAAGUGGUAUUGGAGGGAAAACAAAUUAUGUUAUUAAAUCAAUGUACACUAAAAACAAAUUUGCGGUUAAAAUUGGCAACAAGCAAACAGACUUCUUCUCUCGGGGACGUGGAGUGAAACAGGGCUGCUCAAUAAGUCCAACACUAUUUAACAUCUACAUUAAUGAAUUGGCAAAAACAUUAGAAGAAUCUCCAGCACCUGGUCUCAUCCUACACAACACUGAAAUCAAGUGUCUGCUGUACACAGAUGACCUGGUGCUACUGUCUCCCACUAAGGAGGGGUUACAGCAGCAUCUAGAUCAUCUGCACAGGUUCUGUCAGACCUGGGCUCUGACAGUUAACCUAAAACAAACAAAUAGAAAUAUACUCAAAAAAAGGUCAGGAAAUCAGGAUCACAAAUAUAAAUUCUAUUUGGACACAGUUCUAUUAGAACACACCAAAAACGACACGUUUCUAGGUGUCACGUUCGUUUAAUGACGGGACAGACCAAGGCGCAGCGUGAUAUACGUACAUGUUUAUUAACGUAAUAAACACUCGACAAAACAAUAAACGAAAAGUGAAGUCCAAGGUAGCACACACAACAUACCUUACAUGGAACAAGAUCCCACAACCCACUAGUGAUUCUACACCUGCAUUACUAGCUGUUUGGGGUUUUAGGCUGGGUUUCUGUACAGCACUUCGAGAUAUUAGCUGAUGUAAGAAGGGCUAUAUAAAAUAAAAUUGAUUGAUUGACUAGUGCCAAUAGGCUGCCUAAGUAUGAUCAACAUAGAUCUACACAUAAUAGAUCAAAACAUAGAAAACACCACAAAGAAUAUACACACUCAACAUAUAAGAGUCCCCUGAGUCAGGGCGUGACAGUACCCCCCCCCCCCCCCAAAGGUGCGGACUCCGACCGCACAAACAUGACAUGACAGGGAAGGGUCCGGGUGGGCAUUCCACUUCGGAGGCGGAUCCGGCUCCGGGCGUGACGACCACAAUCUCUCCUCCCCCCCAUUACGCCCCUGGUCCGGUCUGGACCUCAGCGCGCUGCUUCCCCUCUCCUUCCUCCCACGAUACACCAGACCCUGUCUGGACCCUGGUGUGAGAGACCCCGAACCUGGAGAGGGGCUGACGUCAGGCUCCGGACUGGAGCCGCUGACCGGAGCUGGACUGGGCACCGGUGGAGCGGACUGCUCUGGCUCCAGAGUGGAGCCGCUGACCGGAGCUGAAUCAGGCACCGGUGGAGCGGACUGCUCUGGCUCCGGAGUGGAGCCGCUGACCGGAGCAGAAUCAGGCACCGGUGGAGCGGACUGCUCUGGUUCCGGAGUGGAACAGCUGACCAGAACUGGAUCAGGCACCGGUGGAGCGGACUGCUCUGGCUCCGGAGUGGAGCAGCUGACGGGCACGGGCCGUGCCGGACUGGACAAACGCACCACUGGUCUGGUGCGAGGCGAAGGCACGGGCCGGAUCGGACUAGGAACACGCACCACUGGCUUGGUGCGAGGGGAGGGAACGGGCCGGACUGGCGACGCGCACCACUGGCUUGGUGCGAGGAGCAGGAACAGGCCGGGCCGGACUGGCGACGCGCACCACUGGCUUGGUGCGAGGCGCAGGAACAGGCCGGGCCGGACUGGCGACGCGCACCACUGGCUUGGUGCGAGGGGCAGGAACAGGCCGGGCCGGACUGGCGACGCGCACCACUGGCUUGGUGCGAGGAGCAGGAACAGGCCGGGCCGGGCUGGUGACACGCACCACUGGCUUGGUGCGAGGAGCAGGAACGGGCCGGACUGGCGACGCGCACCACUGGCUUGGUGCGAGGAGCAGGAACGGGCCGGGCCGGACUGGCGACGCGCACCACUGGCUUGGUGCGAGGAGCAGGAACGGGCCGGGCCGGUGCCGGGCCGGACUGGCGACGCGCACCACUGGCUUGGUGCGAGGAGCAGGAACGGGCCGGGCCGGAACUGGCGACGCGCACCACUAGCUUGGUGCGAGGAGCAGGAACAGGCCGGGCCGGGCUGGCGACGCGCACCACUGGCUUGGUGCGAGGAGCAGGAAAGGGCCGGACCGGACUGUGAAGGCGGACUGGAGGUCUGGAGCGGAGAGCUGGCACAACCCGUCCUGGCUGGCUGCCCACUUUCGCACUACACGUGCGGGGCACUGGCACAGGACGCACUGGGCUGUGCACGCGCACUGGCGAUACCGUUCGUAGAACUGGCGCAGGAUAUGCGGGACCGAGGAGGCGUACUGGAGACCAGGAGCGUUGAGCCGGCACACCCCGUCCUGGCUGGAUGCCCAUCUUCGCACGGCACGUGCGUGGUGCCAGCACAGGACGUACAGGACUGUGCCGGCGCACUGGCGACACAGUACGUAGCUCCGCAUAACACGGAGCUUGCCCAGUCAUACGCUUCCUCGCGUGAGUACGGGGAGUUGGCUCUGCUCUAACCCUAGGCUCCGCCAACCACCCCGUGUGCCCCCCCCAAAUUUUUUAUUGGGGCUGCUUCUCGGGCUUCCUCCUCGACCGGCCUCCUCCGUGUUGCCGUUGCUCCUCUCCUGCCUGGGCAUCUACCUUAGCCCAUGGUCCUUUCCCCGCGAAUAUCUCCUCCCAUGACCACAAAUUGGCCACCUGUGACAUGGCCAUCCGCUCCUUGGUCCUCGUUUGGUGGGAUCUUCUGUCACGUUCGUUGAAUGACGGGACAGACCAAGGCGCAGCGUGAUAUACGUACAUGUUUAUUAACGUAAUAAACACUCGACAAAACAUUAAACGAAACGAAACGUGAAGUCCAAGGUAGCACAGACAACAUACCUUACAAGGAACAAGAUCCCACAACCCACUAGUGCCAAUAGGCUGCCUAAGUAUGAUCCCCAAUCAGAGACAACGAGCUACAGCUGCCUCUGAUUGGGAACCACACCGGCCAACAUAGAUCUACACAUAAUAGAUCAAAACAUAGAAAACACCACAAAGAAUAUACACACCCUGACUCAACAUAUAAGAGUCCCCUGAGUCAGGGCGUGACACUAGGACUAAAUAUCAGCAACACAGGUAGCUUUCACAUGGCUGUGAAUGAGCUGAGAGACAAAGCAAGAAGAGCAUUCUAUGCCAUUAAAAGGAACAUUAAAAUUAGAAUCUGGUUCAAAAUGUUCCAAUCAGUUAUAGAACCAAUUGCUCUAUAUGGCAGCGAUGUAUGGUGUCCGCUCUCUAAUAAUAAAUUGACCAAAUGGGACAAACAUCCAAUUGAAAAACUGCAUGCAGAGUUUUGCAAGACUGUAUUGCAAGUGCAAAGAAAAACUCAAAAUAAUGCAUGUAGAGCAGAAUUGGGCCAAUACCCCCUCCUUAUUCAAAUAGAAAAAAGAGCCAUACAAUUUUACAACCAUCUAAAAACAAGUGACCCCUAAACAUUCCAUCACACAGCUCUACAAUGUCAAGAGAUUAAACAAGAGAAGAGUCCCCUCAGCCAGCUGGUUCUGAGGCUCAGUUCACUAACCCAAACCAACACCAUAGAGCCUCAGGACAGCACUCAGAAAAUCUGGGCUAACCAAAUCAUCACGAAGCAAAAAGGAAGAAUAUGCACCUAUUGGAAAGACACCACAAAAAAUCAAAGUAAAUGUCAAUGAUAUUUGCCUCUAAACAGACAGUACAUGGUGGCAGACUAUCUGACCACUGUGACUGAUAGAAAACUGAGGAAAACACUGACUAGGUACAGUCUGGCUAUAGAGACCGGUCAUCACAGGCGAACCUGGCUGCCCAGAGAGGACAGGCUGUGUUCACUCUGCCCCAGGGGAGAGGUAGAGACAGAGCUGCAUUUCCUAUUACACUGUGACAAAUACUCAGACCUAAGAGAAUCUUUCUUUCCCAAAAUUAUCAUUCAGUACAAAGAAUUUGAAACUAAAAAAAGAUGAAAAAUAUAUAUAUAUUUAUUGGGUGAAAAGCCAGAAUUGGGUGUAGCCAAAUAUGUGUCCUCCUGCCACAACCUGAGGGACAGCCAGUGAAAGUGCAAUGUAAUGUCAAUAAUAUUCCAUGUCAUGUGGCUUCUCAGUCAUGUUGAGACUGGUCUACUACUAUUGCUUUAAUGUAUUGUUAUUCUCAUUAAUAUUGUUGUUGUAGUUGCUGUUAAUGGUAAUCCCAUUUCCACUACUAUUAUUAUUAUUGCUGUUGGUCCCACCAUUUUUGUUAUAUGUAUACUUUGACGAGAGAGAGAGAGAGAGAGAGAGAGAGAGAGAGAGAGAGAGAGAGAGAGAGAGAGAGAGAGAGAGAGAGAGAGAGAGAGAGAGAGAGAGAGUUGAUAAUUUAUGCAUUUUGUGUUUUCAGGUGGUGAAGACAGUGGGUCUCCGGGAGGUGUGGUUUUUUGGCCUGCAGUACACAGACAGUAAAGACUACAGCACGUGGCUCAAACUCAAUAAGAAGGUGACGCAGCAAGAUGUGAAGAAGGAGAACCCUCUGCAGUUUAAGUUCAGAGCCAAGUUCUUCCCUGAGGACGUGUCUGAGGAGCUCAUCCAGGAGAUCACACAGAGACUCUUCUUCCUGCAGGUAACAGACACACACACUUCUACAGUGUGUCCUUUGUACUCACAAUGUACAUUGCAGAUCCAAACAAAGUAUGUGUGUUCCCUGCCCAUGCCAGGUGAAGGAGGCCAUCCUGAACGAUGAGAACUACUGUCCUCCAGAGACUGCCGUGUUGCUGGCCUCCUACUCUGUCCAGGCCAAGUAUGCAGACUACAACAGAGACAUCCACAAGCCUGGUUACCUCACCUCCGACCGCCUGCUGCCACAGAGGUCUGUACCCCACACCAAUUCCUCUGUUCCCUCUCUGUUCCCCCUCUGUUCCCUCUCUGUCCCCCCCUGUUCCCUCUCUGUCCCUCUCCGUCACCCUCUGUUCGCUCUCUGUCCCUCUCUGUCCCUCUCCGUCACCCUCUGUUCCCUCUCUGUCCCUCUCUGUCCCUCUCCGUCACCCUCUGUUCCCUCUCUGUCCCUCUCUGUCCCUCUCCGUCACCCUCUGUUCCCUCUCUGUCCCUCUCUGUCCCUCUCUGUCCCUCUCCGUCACCCUCUGUUCCCUCUCUGUCCCUCUCUGUCCCUCUCCGUCACCCUCUGUUCCCUCUCUGUUCCCUCUCUGUUCCCUCUCUGUCCCUCUCUGUCCCUCUCCGUCACCCUCUGUUCCCUCUCUGUCCCUCUCUGUCCCUCUCCGUCACCCUCUGUUCCCUCUCUGUCCCUCUCUGUCCCUCUCCGUCACCCUCUGUUCCCUCUCUGUCCCUCUCCGUCACCCUCUGUUCCCUCUCUGUCCCUCUCUGUCCCUCUCCGUCACCCUCUGUUCCCUCUCUGUCCCUCUCUGUCCCUCUCCAUCACCCUCUGUUCCCUCUCUGUCCCUCUCUGUCCCUCUCCGUCACCCUCUGUUCCCUCUCUGUCCUCUCUGUCCCUCUCCGUCACCCCUCUGUUCCCUCUCUGUCCCCUCUCUGUCCCUCUCUGUCCCUCUCCGUCACCCUCUGUCCCUCUCCCCCCGUCACCCUCUGUUACCUCUCUGUCCCUCUCUGUCCCUCUCAGUCACACUCUGUCCCUCUCUGUCCCUCUCCGUCACCCUCUGUUCACUCUCUGAUCCCUCUCUGUCCCUCUCGUCACCCUCUGUUCCCUCUCUGUCCCUCUUGUCCCUCUCCGUCACCCUCUGGUUCCCUCUCUGUCCCUCUCUGUCCCUCUCCGUCACCCUUGUUCCCUCUUGUCCCUCUCUGUCCCUCUACGUCACCCUCUGUUCCCUCUCUGUCCCUCUCCGUCACCCUCUGUUCCCUCUCUGUCCCUCUCUGUCCCUCUCCGUCACCCUCUGUUCCCUCUCUGUCCCCUCUCCGUCACCCUCUGUUCCCUCUCUGUCCCUCUCCGUCACCCUCUGUUCCCUCUCUGUCCCCCUCAGUUCCCUUUCUGUUCCCUCUCUGUCCCCCUCUUUCCCUCUCUGUCCUUCUCUGUCCCCCCCUGUUCCCUCUCUGUCCCCCCCUGUUCCCCCUCUGUUCCCUCUCUGUUCCCCCUUUGUUCCCUCUCUGUCCCCCUCUGUUCCCUCUUUGUCCCCCUCUGUUUCCUCUCUGUCCCCUUCUAACCCUCUCUGUUCCCUCUCUGUCCCCCUCUAACCCUCUAGGUCUCCCUCUAACCCUCUCUGUCCCCCUCAGAGGGAGUGUGUGCUGUCCCCCUCAGAGGGAGCUUUUUUAAAUGAGCUGUUCUUUAGUAAAGUGGCUCAACUCUCCGUCACUAUAAAUCUGUGCUGUCUUUUGAUGCCAGGCCUCUACUGUGGCUCUGUUUGAAUAACCCUGUGUGUAUCCUGCAGAGUGUUGGAGCAGCACAAGUUGACUAAGGAGCAAUGGGAGGACAGAAUACAGACCUGGCACGAGGAACACACAGGCAUGCUCAGGUAGGGCUAUGUAUGAGGGUCUCUGUCUGUGUGUGCUUUGUAUGAGAGUGUUUGUAUCACACUUUCUCCUCUACACAAGUUAUAACUUUCCAAUUUGUGUUUGUGUACACAGAGAGGACUCAAUGAUGGAGUAUCUGAAGAUAGCCCAGGACCUGGAGAUGUAUGGAGUCAACUACUUUGAGAUCAAGAACAAGAAGGGAACUGAGUUGUGGCUGGGUGUGGAUGCACUGGGACUCAAUAUCUACGAACACGAGGACAAGUACGAAACACUGACUUAUACAAUGUGGAAUAUUUAUUUAUUUAGUUAUUUAGUUAUACUAUUUAUAUAUUUAUUCAUCAAUUAUUUUAGAGUGGAAGGUAAGAUAGCUUUUGUGGCUACCUGAGCAUGGCUUUGUAAGAUAUAUUCCAUGACACUAUUGCCCUCCGCUGGCCAUGGAUGGUACCUUUAGUUUCAUUUAGUACUACGCUGAUGUAUUGUAGGUAGACAGUUACCUUCCCAUUGCAUAUUACUGUACUAGUGUAGUGUUGUGAUAGUCUGUGCUUUCCCUUCCCUCCUCCCCAGGUUGACACCAAAGAUUGGCUUCCCCUGGAGCGAGAUCAGAAACAUCUCCUUCAACGACAAGAAGUUUGUCAUCAAACCCAUCGACAAGAAAGCCCCAGUAAGUCAGUCUACAAGGAAGGUAGGGGAUCAGUCUACCGGGAAGGUAGGGGAUGGUGGGAGGAAAUAAUACAACACAAUGUACAAUAAACAAUGAGAAUAUAAUAAUGACAUUGGAGUAGAGUUAGCCACCCCUGUUCUCCACAUUGCCCUUCUCUCCCCUCCUCCUCUCUCUGAAGGACUUUGUAUUCUACGCGCCACGGUUGCGGAUCAACAAGCGUAUCCUGGCGCUGUGCAUGGGGAACCACGAGCUGUACAUGAGGAGGAGGAAGCCUGACACCAUCGAGGUGCAGCAGAUGAAGGCCCAGGCCCGAGAGGAGAAACACCAUAAACAGAUGGAGAGGUACAGUACUGGAGGAACGCAUGCAGACGUGGUUGUGAUUCUGUCCAGAAGGGGGCAGCAUUGUAUUAAAAUAUGUCUGGUCUGCAUUAGAGCCACAUAAAAGGUAAAUCUCUGUAUUUCCUUGAUUCCCAAAAGGAGGGGAGAAGAGAGGAUACAGGGAAUUACAGAAAUAAAAUUGAGAUACAAGCCUGAUCUACCAUCCUGACAGCUGCUCUCUGGAGAUCAGGAUGGUCCAAAGAGGCUAUUGAGAUACAGCCAUGGACUGGAUAUCUCUGUAUGCAGUGGUGUAAAGUGCUUAAAAAUACUUUAAAUUACUACUUAUGUUGUUUUUUGGGUUAUUUAUACUUAACUUUACUAUAUAUAUUUUACUGCACUACAUUCCUAAAUAAAAUAUGUACUUUCUACUCCCAUACAUUUUCCCUGAAACCAAAAAGUACUGAAUGCUCAGGCAGGACAGAAUUAUGGUCCAAUUCAAACACCUAUCAAUAUAACGCGUUGUCAUCCCUACUGCCUCUGAUCUGGCGGACUCACUAAACACAAAUGUAUACUGUAUACUGCGUUUGUCAUUAAUGUCUGAGUGUUGGAGUGUGCCCCUGUCUGCCAUCUGGUUUUCUUAAUAUAUUUGAUGUAUAGCUUUUACGUUUUUACUUUUACUGAAGUAUGACAAUUGAGUACUUUUUCCACCACUGUUUGUAUGGCUCUUAUGUGCAUUUUUGUGUGUCUUGUCUUUUCGUAAAGCAUCUUAGUUGCAGAAUGUUGUUUUGUGAUCAUAUUUUAUACAUGAAAAUACAUGAAAAUAUAAUUUGAUAUUGAAUGAAAUGAGCAGUAUAUUCUACAAUUAGUUUAAUGAAUCCUUAGCCCAGGCAUGUUCAUCCUCUUUUGUUUUACAGAGCUCAGCUAGAAAACGAGAAGAAAAAACGAGAGCACGCAGAGAAAGAGAGGGAGAAGAUAGAGAAAGAGAAGGACGAGCUGAUCGAGAGACUCAGACAGAUUGAGGGACAGACGCUAAAGGCCCAGAAAGGUUUAUAUAUACACACACGCGCGCACUAAGGAUACUUCAGAGGAAAAAUGAAAAGGAGACUGAUUUGCAUUCUCUCACUUACUUUUAAAUGUCAUAGCCUUGCAAGCAACACCCUGGAGUAACACUAAAGGCGUCCGCAUGCUUCCCGGCCGAAACAUUUCGCAAGAGUUCGUGCAUAUAUUAUGAUUACAUUUUGUGACAUUUUUGUUAGUUUUGGACUUCUAUGAGGUUUUUUUCGGUUGUUCCGCCACAAAUGUUUUUCUAGAGUCAAGCUGAAGUUCGGAGCCGAAGUCUACACCCCUUCGUCAGUGAUUGGUCAACAGUAGGGAUUCUUCAAUAAAGUAUUUGUUGUCAUUCAACGAGAGACGACUCGUUUUCAUGCACAUUUUUUCAUCGAGAAAUACUGCACCAAACAUCUUAGUUAGAUGUAAAAUUGCGCGACUAAGAUCUCCUAGGUAAAAACGUCAAAAUUAAUGACAGAUUUCUUGAGUUAUUUUAGAUUAAUUCAGACUAUUUUGAGGAAGUGUAUACUGGCUACGGCGUCUCAAAAUAGACAAACAGUACUAUUGCCGUUUAUUUCUGUUUUUUCAAGCGAAGGUCUUUAAGGGAGUAUGCGAGCACACUUGUUCGGUUUGGCUAGCCGAGGCGCUAGCCGAACUGAAGCAUGCUGACGCCUUAACACCCACUGUAGUACAUAGCUGGUGUUCAGACAUUCAAUUACCACAGAACAAGUUCACAGCUACAGUGCGCAAUAUUGGAAUUUGCAUACUAACCUCUUAUCAGGAGGAGUGAGGAAUGGGAUAUCAGUUAGAGAUGGGCAUAGGAUGACACUGCCACCUGUUAUAUCAUGGUAUGGGAACAGGGACAAGCACAUUCAUUCUCUCUGUUGUUGGCCCUUGACUUGUUGCACCACAGCUUUUCUGUUAGGACAGGGCAUAACAUACCUGGGUCUAUUUGAGUGAAGUCGUGGACAAUUAUGAGCCGUUGAGGCUGUAGUGCUGACAUUAUGGUGCCUCUAGAAAUCUGUGUUUAUAAUAUAGGUCAGGCCUUUCUCAGGUAAACACUGUCAUUCCAUGGGAGAUUAUUUGAGUACUCCUCUUGUUUCAUAACAUACAGUGGGGAAAAAAAGUAUUUAGUCAGCCACCAAUUGUGCAAGUUCUCCCACUUAAAAAGAUGAGAGAGGCCUGUAAUUUUCAUCAUAGGUACACGUCAACUAUGACAGACAAAAUUAGAAGAAAAAAAAUCCAGAAAAUCACAUUGUAGGAUUUUUUAUGAAUUUAUUUGCAAAUUAUGGUGGAAAAUAAGUAUUUGGUCAAUAACAAAAGUUUCUCAAUACUUUGUUAUAUACCCUUUGUUGGCAAUGACACAGGUCAAACGUUUUCUGUAAGUCUUCACAAGGUUUUCACACACUGUUGCUGGUAUUUUGGCCCAUUCCUCCAUGCAGAUCUCCUCUAGAGCAGUGAUGUUUUGGGGCUGUCGCUGGGCAACACGGACUUUCAACUCCCUCCAAAGAUUUUCUAUGGGGUUGAGAUCUGGAGACUGGCUAGGCCACUCCAGGACCUUGAAAUGCUUCUUACGAAGCCACUCCUUUGUUGCCCGGGCGGUGUGUUUGGGAUCAUUGUCAUGCUGAAAGACCCAGCCACGUUUCAUCUUCAAUGCCCUUGCUGAUGGAAGGAGGUUUUCACUCAAAAUCUCACGAUAUAUGGCCCCAUUCAUUCUUUCCUUUACACGGAUCAGUCGUCCUGGUCCCUUUGCAGAAAAACAGCCCCAAAGCAUGAUGUUUCCACCCCCAUGCUUCACAGUAGGUAUGGUGUUCUUUGGAUGCAACUCAGCAUUCUUUGUCCUCCAAACACGACAAGUUGAGUUUUUACCAAAAAGUUAUAUUUUGGUUUCAUCUGACCAUAUGACAUUCUCCCAAUCCUCUUCUGGAUCAUCCAAAUGCACUCUAGCAAACUUCAGACGGGCCUGGACAUGUACUGGCUUAAGCAGGGGGACACGUCUUGCACUGCAGGAUUUGAGUCCCUGGCGGCGUAGUGUGUUACUGAUGGUAGGCUUUGUUACUUUUGUCCCAGUUCUCUGCAGGUCCCCCCGUGUGGUUCUGGGAUUUUUGCUCACCGUUCUUGUGAUCAUUUUGACCCCACGGGGUGAGAUCUUGCGUGGAGCCCCAGAUCGAGGGAGAUUAUCAGUGGUCUUGUAUGUCUUCCAUUUCCUAAUAAUUGCUCCCACAGUUGAUUUCUUCAAACCAAGCUGCUUACCUAUUGCAGAUUCAGUCUUCCCAGCCUGGUGCAGGUCUACAAUUUUGUUUCUGGUGUCCUUUGACAGCUCUUUGGUCUUGGCCAUAGUGGAGUUUGGAGUGUGACUGUUUGAGGUUGUGGACAGGUGUCUUUUAUACUGAUAACAAGUUCAAACAGGUGCCAUUAAUACAGGUAACGAGUGGAGGACAGAGGAGCCUCUUAAAGAAGAAGUUACAGGUCUGUGAGAGCCAGAAAUCUUGCUUGUUUGUAGGUGACCAAAUACUUAUUUUCCACCAUAAUUUGCAAAUAAAUUCAUAAAAAAUCCUACAAUGUGAUUUUCUGGAUUUUUUUCUCUCUCAAUUUGUCUGUCAUAGUUGACGUGUACCUAUGAUGAAAAUGACAGGCCUCUCUCAUCUUUUUAAGUGGGAGAACUUGCACAAUUGGUGGCUGACUAAAUAAUAUUUCCCCCCACUGUAUAGAGAUUCAUGUGUGAAUGUAUGUCAGGAAAGAUGGGUGCGACUCUUGCUCAGAUCGGAGUAUAUUUGUCAUAAAUUGUUGUCAUCACUAAUUGUGUGUGUGUGUGUGUGUGUAUCUUUGUCUGUCUGUCUGUGUCUGUCUGUGCGCGCUCAUACAGAGCUGGAAGAGCAGACACGCAGGGCCCUGGAGUUGGACCAGGAGAGGAAGAGAGCAAAGGAGGAGGCAGAGAGGUUGGAGAGAGAGAGACAGGCAGCAGAGGAGGCCAAGGCAGCGCUGGUUAAACAGGCUGCUGACCAGAUGAAGAACCAGGAACAACUGGUAACACUUCACAUCACAUCACCAGUCUGUGCCCCGCUUUGGAUCAGGGCCCCGUUAACAUACUUUCAGUGCAUCCUUCUUUCCUUCCUUCCUUGAAGAAAUCACAGAACUUAUAUGAAAUUAUUAGUGAACGCGAUACGAUAAGACACCUUACUUUGCUUUCUAUUCAUUGAUUACGUCAAGGAAGGAAGGUAGGAUAUAUAGGUCUUACUGUAGUUAAAACCAUGUAAAUAUACCUACCGUAGGCAGGUAUACAGCAAUUCUCUAAGUCAACAAUCUCCUCUGGAUUGUGCAAUUCUCACACUAAAACAGUUGUAAAUUCUCUAUUCUACAUUAUAAACUGGGUGACAGCCGUGUUAUAUCAGACCGUAUACCACGGGUAUGACAAAACAUUUAUUUUGACUGCCCUAAUUAUGUUGGUAACCAGUUUAUAAUAGCAAUAAGGCACCUCAGGGGUUUGUGGUAUAUGGCCAAUAUACCACGGCUAAGGGCUGUAUCCAGGAACUCUGCGUUGUGUCGUGCGUAAGAACGGCCCUUAGCCGUGGUAUAUUGGCCAUAUACCACACCCCCUCUGCCUUAUUGCUUAAACAUAUCAUCACUGUAAUAACCCUGUCCCUGCUCUAUUAUCACCAUGUCAAUACAUACGGUUGUAUGUAAAUAAGUGAGACUGACUUUUUGUAAACACCUCCACUGGUCACACUAGAUUUAUGGAUGGUUUUACUAGCAUUCCACAGGUGAUUUGGUUGGUUAUUCCUCAUCUUGGCAUUUAACCUGAAAUGCCUAAGCUCAACUUUGUGCUUCAGCUCCGAGAGAGAGAGAGAGAGAGACUUCAUGUCCAAAUCAUCCUAAAAUAUCUAAAAAUGUAUUGCAUAACUCAAUGAAGUUGCUUAUAGAUGAUUUGGACCCCAAAAAAAAUUGAUACCAUUGACAUGCAUUUCAUUUGUGCUACAAAUGCUAAAAGGUUAGUAUUUGAAACAGUGGCCAGGUAAACAAAAGCAAAACAUGAAUUGCUGGCAUACCUUGUCCAUAGACUGCUUACGGGGUAAGGAAACCAAAAUGUAAUUUGGGUGAACUAUCUCUUCAUGCGUAGGGAAAUAACAUUGAUGAAUUUGCUUUGAUGCCGUGUUGGAAGGCCCUGAGGUGAUUGAGGUGUUAAUGUGCAGGCAGCUUGCCCCAGGGGGAAUUCUAUCCUCACACUAGCCUCCCCCUCUCUCUGGUAUUCCAGGUAAUAUUUCAUAGAUGGUAUAACAUGUUAACAGCACUCACCACAGAACCAUGUGUCAAUAAAUGUUGAUAUUGGUUGGUCAUUAAACUUCAUGUGGAGGAGAGUGGGCCAUGUUCAACUCUUGCAGUCUGGUGGUCAGUGUGUUGGUGUGUCUGACAGCAGGGUGCCUUGUGCUUGUCGCUCACAGGCCGCUGAGCUAGGAGAAUUCACCGCCAAAAUCGCUCUGCUUGAAGAGGCCAAGAGGAAAAAAGAAGAUGAAGCGACAGAAUGGCAACACAAAGUAACGGUUACCUCCGCUACCUCUCUCUGAUCCCCUGCAUGCCCCCUGCCCGGCCCCCUGGGCUUACUGGACUAAUGCAUUAUUACAAUAGUGUCUGUGUCUAAAUGUGUGGGGGUGUGUGCCCUCAAACCAAAUCAUAUAACAGCUUUCCUAAAAUAACUGCUGAAAGUUUUGUGUAUGUGUGGGAGCUGAGGUUGAAAUUGUGUGUGAGCGAGGAUUUUUAAAAUUGUGUGUAGCUCAGUUGCUAGAGCAUGGCGUUUGCAACGCCAGGGUUGUGGGUUCGAUCCCCACGGGGGGCCAGUAUGACAAAAGUAUGAAAAUGUAUGCACUCACUAACUGUAAGUCGCUCUGGAUAAGAGCGUCUGCUAAAUGACUAAAAUGUAAAAUGUGUGUGUCUGUCCUUUAUUUGCAUGUUAACCCGCUACUUUAGUACGUGUGUUUUUAUUGCUUUUUACAAGUCUCUGGCCUGCUCAGGCCCUACACUUGCAUUACCUUUAAAUACAGAUGUCCCUGUCUUUGUGUAUAUACAUUAACCUCCCCCCUCCCCACUAGGCCAUCUCAGCCCAGGAGGACCUGGAGAAGACUAAAGAGGAGCUGAAGUCUGUGAUGUCAUCACCCCCGGCGCCAGAGCAGGAUGAGCAGGAUGAGACAAAUGCUGAGGGCAGCACCGAGCUGCACAGUGAUGGGGUCACCAGCCACCGCAGAGAGGAGGAACGUGUCACAGAGGCCCAGAAGAACGAACGCGUCAAGGAACAGCUGCAGGUAGGCUAAGGAAGACGUGGCCUUACUUACAUUUUACAUUUUAAUCAUUUAGCAGACGCUCUCUCCAGAGCGACUUACAAUUAGUGCAUUCAUCAUAAGAUGGCUAGGUGAGACAACAACACAUUACAAUGGUCAUCUGUAGUUCAGUUGGUAGAGCAUGGCUCUUGCAAAGCCAGGAUAGUUGGUUUGAUUCCCGGGACCACCCAUACGUAAUUUAUUUUUUAUUUUUAUAAAAGCGUCUGCUAAAUGGCCUUUAUUAUUAUUUAUUACAAUCGUAUCGUGUACAUUUUUCCUCAAAGUAUUUAUUAGCAAAGUCAGUGCAAGUUUUUAUUUUUUUAUGUGGGGGGUGUCAGGGGCGCCGUGAGAGUUAUUUAAGAUACUCUUCAAAGAGGUAGGGUUUCAGAUGUUUUCUAAAGAUGGGCAGGGGCUCCGCUGUCCUGACUUUAGGGGAAAGCUUGUUCCACCAUCGGGGAGCCAGGACAGAGAAGAGCUUGGACUGGGCUGAGCGGGAGCUGCCCUCCCGUAGGGCUCGGAGGGCCAAGAGACCAGAGGUGGCGGAAUGGAGUGCUCGGGUUUGGGUGUAGGGUUUUGAGCAUAGCCUGAAGGUAGGGAGGUGCAGUUCCCCUUGCUGCUCCGUAAGCAAGCACCAGGGUCUUGAAGAUGAUGCGAGCUUCGACUGGAAGCCAGUGGAUUGUGCGAAGGAGCGGGGUGACAUGGGAGAACUUAGGAAGGUUGAACACCAGGUGGGCUGCGGCAUUCUGGAUAAGUUGCAGGGCUUUGAUGGCACAAGCGGGGAGCCCAGUCAACAGAGAGUUUCAGUAGUCUAGAUGGGAGAUGACAAGUGCCUGAAUUAGGACUUGCGCUGCUUCCUAUGUGAAGAAAGGUUGUACUCUAUGGAUGUUGAAGAGUAUGAACCUGCAGAAGCGAGUCACUGCUUUGAUGUUUGCAGAGAACGACAGGGUGUUUUCCAGGGUCACGCCAAGGUUCUUUGCACUCUGGGAGGGGGACACCGUGGAAUUGUCAACCGUGAUGGAGAGGUCUUGGAGCGGGCAGGCCUUUCCCGGGAGGAAGAGCAGCUCUGUUUUGUUGAGCUUGAGGUGGUGGGCCGACAUCCAAGCUGAGAUGUCUACCAGGCAUGCAGAGGUCCGUGUUGCCACCUGGGUGUCAGAAGGGGGGAAGCAGAAAGUAGUUGAGUGUUAUCCGCAUAGCAAUUAUAGGAGAGAGCAUGUGAGGAUAUGACGGAGCCGAGAGACUUGGUGUAAAGAGAAAAGAGGAGAGGGCCUAGAGACACCAGUAGUGAGAGCACGUGGUGCAGACACAGAUCCUCUCCACGCCGCCUGGUAGGAGUGACCUGCCAGGUAAAAUGCAAUCCAGGAGUGUGCAGAGCCUGAGACGCCAUUAGGGUGGAUAGACCCCUAGAGCAGGGGUGUCAAACGUACGGCCCGCGGGCCGGAUCAGGCCCGCAAACGGGUUUAAUCCGGCCCGCGAGAUGAUUUUGGAAAAAAAUAAAAAAUAAAAUCUUUUUUUUUUUUUUUUUUUUUAAGUAUAAAAAUGCGCUGCAAUUUUUCAAUAAAAUAAACUGCUGUUCCAAUUGCGUCCACUGGAUGGCGCAAUAGCAAUUGUGUUAAGCAAGCAAACUGUUUAUACCGGGGCAGAGCAAGUAGGUCAAGCACGUGCAGCCAAUGAGCUACUUUGUUUUUCCCGCGAUAUUUAUUACGGCUUCUACUUUUAACAUUAUGUGCUUUGGCACCCUCAUUGCCCCAAUAUGUCUCUGUCAAAAAAGAGAAAAGUGGACGCAGAGUGUUCCAAGAAAAAUGGUCAUCCUAUUUAAUCACGGAAUUGAAUGGGAAAGCUGUAUGUUUGGUGUGUUCAGAGCAUGUUGCAGUGCUGAAAGAAUAUAACCUUCGUCGCCACUAUGUGAGUCUUCAUGCCGACAAAUAUGACAACUUUCAAGGACAGCGGAGAUGAGAGAAGGUGAAUGAACUGUUGGCGGGUCUGAAGAAACAGCAGUCUGUGUUUACUCACAGCCGAGACAUCAGUGACGCUGCAGUGAAAGCUAGCUACCUCAUUGCUAAUGAAAUCGCAGUGGCUUCAAAACCAUUUAGUGAGGGUGAAUUUGUAAAAACAUGCAUGAUGAAGGCAGCGGAGAUUGUGUGCCCUGAAAAGCGGCAGGCUUUUGCAAAUAUCAGCCUGACAAGAAACACAGUUGCAGACAGGAUUUCCGAUCUUUCAGUGGAUUUGGACAGCCAGUUGAAGCAAAAAGUAAAGUCAUUUAUUGCGUUUUCGGUUGCAAUUGAUGAAAGCACGGACAUUACAGAUGUUGCACAACUGGCCAUUUUUUCAUCCGCGGAGUUGAUGACACAUUGACCGUCACCGAGGAGUUCGUGGAGUUGGUGCCGAUGACAGAUACAACGACAGCAGCUGAUAUUUUUACCGCACUUGUCGGCGCGCUGGACAGGGUCGGAGUGGACUGGUCCCGCGCUGUCAGCCUGGCUACAGAUGGUGCGCCCUCAAUGAUCAGGAAAAAAGCAGGCGUUGUGACAAAGUUCAGAGAGAAAGUGCAAUCUGCAAAUGGAGGACGUGAUUUUUUUACUUUUCACUGUAUUUUGCACCAGGAGGCUUUGUGUUGCAAGUCAUUAAAGAUGGAUAACGUCAUGAAGGUGGUCAUCCAAACUGUUAAUUUCAUCCGAUCCAGAAGCCUGAAUCACCGUCAGUUUGACAGCCUUCUCAGAGAGAAAGACCACAUCUAUGGCCUGCCAUACCACACUGAGGUAAGAUGGUUAAGCCGAGGUGCUGUGCUGAGGCGUUUCUUUGAUUUACGAGAAGAAAUUGAACAGUUCAUGGAAGAAAAGGGCAAACCAGUGUUAGAAUUUCAUUCCGCAGAAUGGAUGCCGGACCUUGCAUUUAUGGUGGAUGUUACAGAGCACCUGAAUAACUUGAACAAACAGCUACAAGGGCGCAACAAAGUUGUCACGCAGUAUUAUGACAGCAUACGUUCUUUCAAGUUGAAGCUGUCAUUGUGGGAGACGCAACUUGCCGGUGGUGAUGCAGCUCACUUCCCCUGUCUGAAAAAUGUGUGCGCGACCCAACAUGUGGCAGACAUGAAGCGGUUCAAAGAUAAAAUAACUGGACUGUUACGGGAGUUUGAGCAACGCUUUCAGAUUUAUAUUUAUAUGUUUUUAUGUUGAUGUGCUAUUGUUUUUAAUUGAUUUUAUUUUAUUUGUAUAUUUAACCUAUUCUUGACUCUGUGGUUCUUGCACUUGUUUGGGGAACAGGAUUUCAUUAUUUUUAUCUACAUUUCUGCCUGAGAAAUGACACCCUGAUAUAGUUCUGUGAUCUGUGAAACAGUUCUGUUAAUCACUGAGGCAUUGUGUGUUUGUGUGUUCUUUUUCUUUAGAAUUUUCAAAUAAACUUGACGUGUUUUAUGAUUAAUAGUGAUGUUGUGCUUGUACUAUUUUGGACACACUGUCCUCAGGCUCCAGCUUUAUGUUGUAUGUUGAUCGUAUUAAAACAAAGAAAACAAUCUGAAGUUGUUGUUUUUAAGUUAUAUAUACCAUGAUUUUUCCGGUCCGGCCCACUUGGGAAUAGAUUUUCCUCCAUGUGGCCCCUGAGCUAAAAUGAGUUUGACACCCCUGCCCUAGAGGCUCAAACUAUCAACAAGAUAUCAACUGCAAAAAAAUGUUAGGGUUAUGGUUAGGCCUAGGACUAUUGUUUGGGUUAGUGGAUCAACAGUUUGCUGAUAAUUUGUUGAACUAUACACAAUCUGUCUGCAACUAUCAAAAUUAAGUGUCCUCUCUCUUCCCCUCUCCCUCUGUCAGGCUCUGAGUUCAGAGUUGGCCCAGGCGAGGGACGACACCAAGAAGACCCAGAAUGACAUGCUUCAUGCGGAGAACGUGAAGGCUGGGAGGGACAAGUACAAGACCCUGCGUCAGAUCCGCCAGGGCAACACCAAGCAGCGCAUCGACGAGUUCGAGUCCAUGUGA